CAUGUCAACACACACACAGACAAAUGUCACCCUGCGGUGAAGUUGAGCCAAUAGUACCACCCUGUUUGGUUUCUUCGUCAUGCUCGUGUAUGUGCGGUUUAACUCGAGUCAUGGUUUCCCGCUGGAGGUGGAAGAGGGGGCAAGUGUGGCGGAACUCAUGGAGGCAGUGGGGCGUCUGCGGGGAGCGCAGCCCGAUCAGCUCCGGGUGAUCUUCGCCGGGCGAGAGCUCCAUAGUGACGCCACUCUACAGGCCUGCGAUCUGCCGGAGCAGAGCACGGUGCACGUGGUACUGGCUCCACCCACCGCCACCCGCCGCUCCGAGCUCGUCCUGCAGCGGACGCUGCGUGGCAGCAUGGACGGCCUGACCCGGCUGGACCUCAGCGCCUCCCGCCUGCCCGCAACCUCCAUCGGCCUGGCCGCCGUCCUGGAGGGGGACGCCCCGGCUGCAGAGGACACGCCCACACGAACAGAACUCAAGCCCCACAGCAGUUUCUAUGUGUUCUGUAAAACGGUGUGCAGGGCCAUUCAACCUGGGAAGCUACGCGUCCGCUGCAUAGCCUGCAAGCAAGGAACACUGACGCUCAGCCGGGGGCCGUCGUGCUGGGAUGAUGUUCUCCUGCCAGGCCGGAUCCACGGCGUGUGCCAGGCACAGGGCUGCGACGGUCGCACAGCGGAGUUUUAUCUGAAGUGUGCCGCCCAUCCCACCUGUGAGGAGGACACGUCGGUGGCGCUGGACCUGAUCAUGCCCAAUGUGAGGCGUGUGCCCUGCAUCGCCUGCACUGACGUCCUGAGUCCCGUUCUGGUGUCUCAGUGUGCCCAGCGUCACGUAAUCUGUCUGGACUGUUUCCACCUGUACUGUGUGACCAGACUGGACGAGAGGCAGUUCAUCCACGACCCAGCCGUGGGCUACUCUCUGCCCUGUGCCGCUGGAUGCCCUGACUCUCUCAUUAAAGACGUUCAUCAUUUUCGGGUCCUGGGUGAUGAGCAGUAUGAGCGGUACCAGCGCUAUGCAGCGGAGGAGUGCUUGCUGAAGAUGGGAGGUGUCCUGUGCCCUGCUCCAGGCUGUGGGGCUGGUCUGCUCCCUGAGCAGGACCAGCGGAGGAUCCAGUGUGAGCGGAGGGUCGGCCUGGGCUGCGGGUUUGUGUUCUGCCGGGACUGCAUGGAAGAGUACCACGAGGGCGAGUGCAGGCGAAGGACUGCCAUGCCAGCAGGAGGCGCUCCACAGCAGGGCUACGUGCUGGACGAGGGGGCCGCCCUGCGUGCCCGCUGGGAGCAGGCAUCACUGGAGACCAUAGACGAGACCACCCGCCCUUGUCCCAAGUGCAGGGUCCCUGUGGAGAAGAAUGGCGGCUGCAUGCACAUGGUGUGUCCCCGGGCCCAGUGUAAGUUUGAGUGGUGCUGGCUAUGUCGCAUGGAGUGGAACCGGGAUUGCAUGGGCAACCACUGGUUCGGCUGACACACUCACACUCGCUUGCAUGCCCCCAAGGCACACUUUGACUCAGGGAGAUGGGCAGAGUGUGUGUGGGAGAGACGCACAAUCCCCCAGCAAUUUUGGCAUCUACAGAAGAGCAGAGAUGAAAGAUGUCAUUUAUGCCUACAUAUGUCGGGUUAAUGCUGUAAAUGCUCCUGACAUCCAGGUGCAACCACAACUUUGGUCGGAUAAAAGGUAGCGUACGAAAUGCAAAGUACGUGCAGCGUAACCUAGGUGGCGGAUAUCAUGUGUAUUGUAUGCCAGUUGUUGUGUCUCACAAUCGUAUUAAAAUAUUUCAGUGAAACCCCUUGAAAGUCGCCUUUAAAUUCUCUACUUUGGCUGUCGUCCUGACAUGUCUGAGGUCCUUCUUUUUGUGUACUGUACUACUAUUUUCAUAUGUUGAUUUGUAUGUUCAUCUACCUUUUGAUCUUUCGAAUGCUUGUAUUAUUUUCUGGUAUAGAUUAGUACUGUACUUCAUAAUGAAAGACAAUCAGUAUAAAUAGAACAGGAUCCUCAGAGACAAUGGUUUUGAUGUUUCAUCUUGAUAUCUCCUAAGAGAUGAUGAUUAUUAUGA